AGAAUAUUAUUGUUCUAAUAAAUAAAGAAAAAUCAAAAGCAAUCAUGAGUAUGACAGUAGAAGACGACAAAAAUUGUGAAAAGUUUGUCGACAAUUACAGAAUAUUCGAAACAAUAAAAUAUUUAUACGAAAAAUACCCCCACAUAAUCUCACAUCUGAAGUAUGAAAUCAGACCAGCGGAUCCUAAAAAAGAUUAUUACUUUCCCGAUGAUUUAGGCCCAUCCAGCAAAUAUCCAGCAAUUGUCGUAACAACAAGAAUAGAAAAAACAUUAUGUGAAGACUUAUUAUCAUGUAAUCUAGCUACCAACGAGGGAAAUUGUACAGCAGACUCAAAAGCAACGCGUUAUCCGGUAGGUGACGCUGAUCUUAAGAAAACCAAUGAAAAGGAAUGGUCCGGCAUGUCAUGUCAGCCAUCUUGUUAUAACCUAUUCAAAGAGAAGAACGGUGAUCAAAAGAAAAAUCCAUUUACAUUAGCUUAUCACAAAAACCAAUGUGUUCUAACAUCAUCACAUGCUAAAUCAUACAUGGAAUUUCCUAGUAAACGUUCAAAAGUACCUGAACAUCGCGUUACUGAUAUUCCCGUUGGUUUCGACAGAGCCGAUGGGGAGCAUCCUUAUUCAUUCAGUGGGAUUAGAUAUCACUACAAUAAAACGUAUUGUGAUUCAUUCUACGAUGAAUAUUGUGCAGAAACAAAAGUGUGUUACGUUCACUGGGCGAAAAAAUAUAUCGGUAAUAUUAUUCUCGGUGAAUACAUUAUUAAAGCAUGCCAAGCAUUAGAUAAUUAUGUACAUUAUGGUUCCGAUCUUCCGCCAUCUUUAAUGAGAGCAGAAGAAGUCAAAGAACCAGAUUCAGUAUUUUUGCUUAAAAAUUGGUUGAACAAUAUUGAUAAAAGCUUUGUAUUACCGGAUGAAAAACUUGAGGCCCUUAGACGAUCAUCGGCUGCCGGUAGGGUAGGAAGCAUUGAUACCGAACCUGAAGAACCGACGCUGAAAGAUCGUUCGCGGAUUAUAAAUAACAUAAAUAGAGAAGAAAGGCCGACGUUAGAUUCCGGAAAACGUCGUGCAUUAGAAGAAGAUGCUAAAACGAUGAAAAGUAAAUCAGUACGGGUUAAAAGAGAAGCGAAAGACGAAUUGUGGCCUGAAAAGCUAUUUAAAGGAAUUAUUAAUAUGUUAGCAACGAAAGACUUUUGGGUGAGUUUAGGGUUAGAUUCUUUGUAUAGCACACUAUUGGAACGGUUAAAGAAAAAAGUGGUAAAAACAAUCCAAAUAAUAGGUCAAGGAGCAUUGAAAAAUUUGGUUAAGACUGUAUUUCGACAAUCGGCACUACGUGUUGGGGAGUCGCUUGCAUUUAAAUUAGCAUCUAAACUGAUAGUAGGUCUCCUUAAAGUAGUUUCUCAAAUAUUAACUGUUGUUGGUAUACUAACAGCUGUAUUGGGAUUCGUUGACAUGAUUAUUGGAUUUAUUGAUCCUCUUGAAUUAAAUAAAAAGUAUCCAGAUGAUUAUAUUGAUACUUUCAUGGAGAUGUCUGAGCAUGAAAUGCGAAUAAGCUAUGAUAUGAUAAAACCCGUAUUGACAUUCAAAAUAUUGUCGACAUUGCUGCUUAACGAAGAAGAGACUUUGUCUUUGGAACUUAACCUUUCUAAAUAUCGACUUCAUUACUGUAAGAACUUACAUGUUAAUUCUGAAGGAUCGGUAAUUGAUUGGGGAGAUGAGGUUACAAUUCCUGAAAAUAUUAACAUUAAUUUUGAUGAUGUUGAUUUUAGUUUGUUACGAUUGUACUCGCAGAAGGAUCUGUAUGAGUAUGAAAAAGAUCAUAUGAACCGUAUUAAAGUUGUUGAUAAAAUUAAAAACAUUAAUUACUUAUGCGGUGGGGCUCUAAUUGUUUGUUUGGUGCUGCAGUAUUUUAUAUUUGUAAUCAUCAUCGUAAUCGCUAUAUGUUUGUUGAGUUAUGUACAAUAUUUAGCACUUGGUAUAGACAACAUAUCUGAUAUUACUUAUUACUUCCUAUAAUGACAUGUUAGCAUACAUCAGGUAAAAAAAUUAAUUCAACUAAUACUUGAUUUUAAAUAAUUGAACAAACUAUUGAUUAAUUUUAAUUUUU